AUGCCUGGCCGCUCGGGCACCCGUGCUUCCUCCGUCGCGUCUACUCGCAAAUCCUCCGUCCCUCCUUCGACGACUGGCGCUAAUGUGUACAUCCCCGACGAGCCAGCGGAGCCAACAAGCUCCCCGAAUUUGCGACCCAGUAUCGUGGAGAUAUUUGCCGAUGCGCAGCGCUCCACGACAGGCCAUAGGAAGCUUGUUGUUAAACUAAGAAAAAUCCAAGAAGGAUGCUGUGGCAUACGAGCUUCAAAAGAACAGGAUAAGAAAGAUGCGAGGCGAAAUUCAGGCGCUUUUGGGGAGAAGGAAAAGCCUGCAGAGAGAGAGUUUAAUAUCGAAAUAUCACGAUGUUUGUUACGGAUUUUGCCCAUCAAGAGGACUGAGCCUGCAGCAGAUCGUGUUGUCAAGUUCUUGGGGACGUUUUUGACAGCUGCAACGGAGAAGGACUUUGGAAUUUUUGGACAGGGCGAUCCGGAUGAGACCCAGACGUUGCCAGAGACGCCAACAUCGAGGCUUACUUUUCAAGUCGUUUCUGCCAUAAUACCUUUCCUAUCUACCAAAGAAAAAACUGUGAGAUAUCGGGGAACGCAGAUCAUUUCGCAUAUCGUCAACUCUUUAGAUUCUAUCGACGAUGAACUCUACCAUUUGAUCAGACAGGGUCUUGUCAAACGAAUUAGAGACAAGGAGGCAACAGUUCGCGUUCAAGCCGUGGUUGGACUUGGGAGGCUAGCAGGCAACGAUGAGGACGACGACGAUAACGAUCAAAACGAUGGCAACUCUGCUCUGGUUGAUAAAUUAUUGGAUGUGCUCCAGAAUGACACUAGUGCUGAGGUCCGACGAACAUUACUCCUCAACUUACCAUUUACCCCUUCAACGCUUCCUUUCCUCCUUGAGAGAGCCCGCGACAUAGAUCCCGCUACACGACGUGCUUUAUAUUCUAAACUAUUACCAACGCUUGGUGACUUCCGGCAUCUUUCUUUGUCCAUGAGAGAAAAACUUCUGCGCUGGGGGCUACGUGAUCGUGACGAAACCGUCCGAAAAGCAACUGGUCGCUUAUUCUACGAACGUUGGAUUGAGGAUUGCGCCAGUACUCAAAACCCUGACAAGUCCACGGAACAAAAAGAUAAGCUAGCACCACCUAGUAUUUCGGCUUUAACAGAGCUUCUAGAACGUAUCGAUGUUGUGAAUUCUGGCAUGGAAGGUGGCAUCGCCCACGAAGCUACAAGAACGUUCUGGGCUGGUAGACCGGAUUAUCGUGAAGCUGUGGAGUUCGAUCUGCCAUUCUGGGAAUCAUUGACACCAGAAUCUGCCUUUAUGGCCAGAAGCUUCAACGACUUCUGUCGGGAGGAAGGUGGUGCUAAGUAUGACAGUCUUGCAGAUGAGAAAAUGCCAGAGGUUACCGCUCUAGCAUUUUACUUACAUCACUAUACCACGACACUACUAUCGAGGCUUAGUAUGCCCGAGCAAGUCGAAGGAAGCGAGGAGGAAACUAUGGAAUAUGAAUUCAUUGUUGAGCAGCUUCUCCAUAUCUCUCUUACGCUUGACUACAGUGAUGAGGCAGGGAGAAGGAAAAUGUUCUCUCUCUUACGGGAAACACUGGCUGUUUCGAAUCUUCCCGAGCAAGUCACAAAACUCACAGUCGAAGUCCUGCGGAAUGUCUGUGGACCCGACUCUGCUAGUGAAGGGGAAUUUUGCAGUGUUGUUCUAGAGGCCGUGGCGGAAGUCCACGAUACGAUUGUUGCUGAAGAAAGCUUUGUUUCUGCAAAAUCGGAAAUCAGCGAUGAAAGCUUAAAUAGAAGCCGUUCAAAAACUCCUGGGAAUGGCAAUGAAACCCCAGAGCCAUUUGACAAGGAAGAAGCAAAAGCAAAGGUGCUUAAAGAGAUCAUGGUUAAUAUGAAAUGCUUAUACAUUGCUCAAUGCAUGUUGCAGAAUGUGGCAGGAAAUCUGCAGGAUAAUGUUCAUCUCGUGACAAUGUUAAACAACUUGGUGAUACCAGCAGUGCGUAGCCAUGAGGCUCCAGUACGGGAACGUGGGCUGGAGUGUCUAGGCCUAUGCUGUCUGCUAGACAAGACCCUUGCCGAAGAAAAUAUGAGCUUGUUCAUCCACUGUUACAGCAAAGGCCAUGAAGCAUUGCAAGAAAUGGCGCUGCGUAUCCUCGCCGAUAUACUUACAGUGCAUCAUUCAAUCCUUCUUCCAGUUACGUCACAGAAUGACCCUAACUCAGUGACGCCGCCUCCCUUUCAAAAAUCACUACUAAAGGUAUUCGCAAAGGCCCUAAAGACAAACUCUCCACCAAGCAUACAAGCAACUGCAGUGACCGCGUUAGCGAAAUUGCUACUUACCAACACACUCUCACCAUCUGGCCCUUCGGUACCCGCAUCUAUCAGGGAACUAAAUGAAAGUUCCAUCGAUACUCUUCUCCAGGCCCUUGUUCUCUCAUUUUUCCACCCUCGAACUCGCGACAACUUGUCAUUAAGACAGGCUCUUACGUACUUUUUGCCUGUGUAUUGUCAUUCACGACUAAACAACGCUCAGCAUAUGCGGAAAAUAGCCAUUCCCAGUAUCCGUGUCGUAUUAGCUGCCGCUGAUGACUUCUAUGCUUUGGAAGCGGAAGAAGAUAGCGAUGGAGAAAUCGACGAGGUGGUCGGCGAGAAAGAAGUAAAAGCGUUGAUGGCUGGUGUUAUAGGAAUGCUCAUUGAGUGGACUGAUGAUCGACGAAUCAUCGGCUUGAACUCCGAUACGCCUUUGCCCGGUACAUCGGAAGAAGUGGGACCACGGUUAACACCAAGCGAAAGUUUACAUCUUGCUCUUGCAAGAGAUAUUCUGCAGCGUAUUUUGGGCGUAGGAGGCUUCAGCUCUGCGCCCAGAGAAGAAAGGAAGCUUCUCCUUUCAAUGAUCGGAAAGUUAUACCUGCCCGUGCCUCCGUCGCCUCCCUCCCGGCAUGGCUCCCGAGCCCCUGAAGGAGCUGAUGAGCGUGAGAACCACCGGUCAAGUAUCAGGUCAAGCAAGUUGGACCUUGAGCCUGUAAUUAUCGAUGAUAGUGGAGAACUGCCUCUGGAAGUUAAAGAAUUGGUUGACCAAGCCAUUGCUUCUGGCGUUGCUUCAGAUGCAACAGGAAGAAAUGCAUUGGUCAAGGUCAAGAAUGCAGUACUGAAACUACUCGGUGCUUGUCGACCAUCUGGGAAAGACGGUGGACGGGCGUCAGUUGGACGAGAGAGAGAAAGUUCAUAUGUCAAGGAAGAGCCUGAAGGUGACAGUUAUCUGCACGAGACGAGAAGUAUGGUUAGUGUUGCUAGUGCCAGGUCGAGUAUAGCACCGAGUGAACUAGCCGCAGUAGACGAAGAAGAGGACGAAGAUGAUACAAUUGUUUUUAGAGGCCCGGCUGAUAGGAACUCGUUGGCAUCGGACGCUGCCACAGUUGUCUCGGUGCAGAGUGAGAGGGGAUAG